GAAUUCACAUAGACCCCUUGGGAACCAGUGCAUGGAACAGUCUUGUAUCGGGACACAAACGAUGGGCCUUGUUCCCAACAAAUGUUCCCAGGGAACUCCUCAAGGUCACCAGUGCAGAGGGAGGUGAUCAGCGAGAUGAAGCUAUCACGUGGUUCACAAAAAUUUUCCCUAAGACGCGGUUACCCUCCUGGCCUCAGGAAUAUAAACCCGUAAGUACUUUGACCGUUUUUAAUAUUUGUCUCCUUUUGAACUGUUUUUUGUUGUUGCUGUUGUUUUUUCACCACCUGCUUUUGUGUUCUUUCGCCACCAUGAUGUUUCGCUACCGACCAGUUCGCCACUUUCUUAGUUUGAUUCAGUACUGUAUCAUGGUCAAUUCGCCGUCGAAGCACAUAUAUCGAGUUUAUAUAAACUUAAGCUAACUUUUUUUUUCCAUGUCAUCUUUUAGCUGCUCUUAAACUAUUUAUUAACUACUAUGACGCAUCAAAGCGACAAAAGCUAGCAUUUUAUAAGUACAUGGUAAAAAAGUGACUAGCGAAGAUUGCUUCCAAGUAUUGGCGGUACGCCCAAAUUAGGGAAACAAUUUUGUGACAGAAUGAGCUGAGCGACUUAACACAUAAAACUAUGAAGAACGUUAUCCAACCAGAAGCACUACAAAGUUUAAUUUAACGCAGAAGUGUUUUCAGUUUAAGGCUCGCGUUGUUAAAAGCGCCAGGCCCAAAAGAGACAGAGUAGCCUAGUACAAACAGCGACCAACGAGUUUAGACUAUGUGUCAUUAUAAAUAUGUUACCCCCAAACAGUGGCGUUAACUUACGAGAGGUUCCAACUGUAAGGCUUUGAGUUGAAAGAUUUUGGUGUUUAGGAAGGGUAGUAGCUUACGAGAGGUGUUCUCAUAGGGGCGAGUGUGCAACGCAAGUCGAAUUAUUACCAUAACCAAGAGAGUAUAAUGGAACAGACAGGGAAUCUUUGGACGUUGGCCGGGAUAUGUGAAUUUCACUAAAGUUUUUUUUAGAGAUUCUAACUAAACGGAGGUCUUAUUCCUGGGAUGUCCGCAAAUUUAAGUCGAUUGUCUCAAACAUCAUCAAGUCUGCGCGGGACUGUCUCGAAGCAAACAAAUUCAGAAUAUUGUAAUGGCGACUGUUUAUUGAAUUCUCUCUUGACAACACUGAAUAAAAGUUUGAGGACCUCUCCGGAAACCAACUUUCGAUUAAUUCAAUUGUUUGAUCGGUCUAAAAAUAACUUUGGUGACAUUCACAUGUCCCCAGGACUAGACUUGGCGUCUCCCUCUCUCUGUCUCCCAUUAUUCUCUCUUGGCAUAAAGGUGAUGUAACACUAGACGAUUCGCAACAUCGAUUUUUAGCGCAGCACAGCGUUACAACGUUUGUUACGACGUUGUUUCGAAUCGUUGCAACAUUGUUCCAACAUUGCAACGCUGUUUUGCGAUAAAAGUCGUCGUUGCAAAUCGUCCCGUGUAACAUCACCUUAUUAAAACUGAUUUUGUCCUGUGGAGUAACAUGUUUCUGUUUCUGUACUCAUUGAAGCUUGAGAUUCUACACUGUCCUGGUGAAACAGUGUUUAUUCCUGGCGGCUGGUGGCACGUGGUCAUCAACUUGGACGCAACAAUUGCUGUCACUCAAAACUUCUGCUCACCAGUCAACUUCAAUGUUGUGUGGCAUAAAACCGUCAGGUAAUAAAUACAUUUAGAUACUCAUUGCCUUCUGAUAAAAUAUCACGACUGACUGGCUUUGCUUUUGUACUUGUAGAACGGGCCCUAUUUUUUCCCGAUUUUCUUGCGAGCGAAGGCAAGCGCGAAGUGGGAGCAGAAUUUCCUUUGUCUUUUGUGUGUGUGUGUGUGUGGAAGCGGGGGGGAUAUGGAUAUUUUCUGAAACUACUCGAUGUGAUUCUAUUCAAGAAUAAGGUCAAUCGAAAGCAACCUAAAACACACAAGCCCCAGGGGGGACUCCCCUACGAAAGGGGCGGCGAGGAUACUCGUCGGAAAUUUUAAAUUAAACCCCCAAAGGAGAUCAAUCUGGGCGUGGCCCAACUUUUUUUUGGCCCCUAAAAAAACUUUGAUUACAUGAAUCGAGGAAAUAUAACGAAUAUAAUUAAAAUAUGUGAUUAUUUUAUAUUUCUUCGCGUGCUACCCUGAAAGAGACCUUUACGGAGACCAAAAUCCGAAUUUACACCCCUAAGCGAGACGACAAGCAUCCCCGGCCCUUUCAUGUGGGAGUCACCCCGCCCCCCCGCGGAAGACAAACUCUUCCGAUACCUUUUUAACCUUUGUCCUCUUAUAGUUGUUUCAAUAUCAAGUAACUUUUAUCUUUCAGGGGAAGACCAAAGUUGUCCCGAAAGUGGUAUAAGAGGUUAAAGGUGUGUUUGCUAUGAUUCUAGUACUUGCCUACUUUGAUUCCGAGUCGUAAUUAUUUUAAAGAAUUUUUGCAUAGUUCGCACAAUCUUGAAAAAGGUCUUGAAUUUUAGCAGUCGUCUUGAAAAGUCCUUGAAUUUGGUUAAAGUCCUUUGAAAAGUGCUUGAUUUCUUUAUUAGGUCUUGAAAAGUCCUUGAAGUUCACUACCUUAUCUACGCCAUACACCAUUUUCUGUAAAAUUAGAUUAUUUCACUGCGAAAAUUGAGCUUAUCCUCUAUGUAAGAACCUGUAAAAUUCACGGGUACGGUAAUAACAUUUUUGUGGAUAUACAGUAUUUUAUUUCUGUUUCUUUAUUUGAAAUGCUAUUUCUGUACCUCAGAUUCAUUUGCAAGUCAUACGCGGUCAUUUUGCAAAGUGUUUUUUCGGAAAGUAGCAUAAAAUAAUGUUAUCAACCAUGGCUGAAGAAGAACAAAUCGUAAAUGACGUGUCUUAGCCAAUAAGGUGUUUCAAAGGCGGGUUAAAUAUGCUGAUUUAUUGAAUAAACCGUAGUCCUUGAAAACUGUAAUUUGUCCUUGAAAAAUGCGGGAAAAGUCCAAGAGCAAGGGCAAGGGUGGCGCAGUGGAAAGAGCACUCGCCUCCCACCAAUGUGGCCCGGGUUCAAAUCCCGGCGUCGACGCCAUAUGUGGGUUGAGUUUGUUGUUGGUUCUCAGCUCCCUUGCUCCGAGAGGUUUUUCUCCGGGUACUCCAGUUUUCCCCUCUCCUCAAAAACCAACAUUUACAAAUUCCAAGUCGAGCAGGAAUCAGGUAGACGAAGAACCACUAUGUGAAUGCGCUACCUCCAAAUCGGUAUCUAUUUUCUUUAUUUAUUAACUUAGCUUGUCUCUAGUUGUAGGAGCCAUGUCAGUUGUUAAAGUCAAAAUACUUCUUGCAUUGUUUUUAGUUGCUGUACCACCAGUGCCCUAACAAGCUCCCGGUGCGAGUUCUUAUGAGGGAGCCUUAGCAACGACAACGGCGACAGCUGCGAGUGCGGCAAAAGGCAAUAGGUUCAGAUUGGCUAAACUUUUCUGAAAUAGGUUCAGAUUGGCUAAACUUUUCUGAACUUAGAUCAUAGUCCUUUAGAAUUCAACUCUAGAAAGAUUCGCACACAUUGAACAAAUCAAACAAGAUGGAAUAAGAGUGAAGAAGAUUGACUUUUUGAGUGACGUUUUCGCUGCCGUCGCCGUCUUAAAUGCUAAAGUUCCCUAAAUUGACGGGUGCGCUGAUUUGAAACUAGUCUAAGACAACUUCAUAGUCAAGUGAUCAAAUAUGUGUCUGCUUUUUGGCUUUGUCCCAUUAGAGAGAAAGACCAGAGAUAGCCGAGAUAGCGGACGGCGUUCAAAUAGAUGAGCCCACUGGAGUCCAGUCCGACUCGUCCUCCUCUGCCUCGUCCUCAUCGUCGUCGUCGUCAUCAUCGUCCAGUGAGUUGUCGGAGACAGAGACGUCAGAUUCCGAAGGCGACAGGUGUAAAGAGAAGGUUAAACACAGCCCCUCACACGGAGAAAGACGAAAGCGAAAACGGUAA